AUGUGGCUGUACCUGCUGGCCCUCGUGGGCCUGUACUACCUUCUGCGCUGGUACCGGGAGAGGCAGGUGGUGAGCAACCUCUCAGACAAGUAUGUCUUCAUCACGGGCUGCAGUUCCGGCUUCGGGAACCUGCUGGCCAGGCAGCUGGACCAGCGGGGCUUGAGGGUGCUGGCCUCUUGCCGCGCUGAGAAGGAUGCAGAGAAGCUGAGGGCCCUGGCAUCAAGCAGGCUGGAGACCGUGCUUCUGGAUGUCACCAAGACAGAGAGCAUCGCUGCGGCCACCCAGUGGGUGAAGGAGCGCACAGGGCACAGAGGACUCUGGGGCCUGGUCAAUAAUGCUGGCAUAGCUGAUCCCUCGGGCCCGAAUGAGUGGCUAAGCAAGGAGGACUUCAUGAAGGUCCUGGACGUGAACCUGCUGGGGGUGAUCGAGGUGACCCUGAGCCUGCUGCCCCUAGUGAGGAAGGCGAGGGGCCGCGUGGUCAAUGUCUCCAGUAUCCUGGGCCGCGUGUCCCUUGUUGGAGGGGGCUACUGCAUCUCCAAGUUUGGCCUCGAGGCCUUCUCGGACUCCCUCAGGAGGGAGCUCUCCUUCUCUGGGGUGAAGGUGGCCGUGAUUGAGCCUGGUCACUUCAGGACUCAGAUGUCACGUCUUGAAACAGUUACUGGAAACAUCCAGAGGACAUGGGAUCGGGCCAGCCCCGAGAUCAAGGAGCUCUAUGGGGAGAAGUUCCUGGCAUCGUACUUGAAAUCAGUUGAAAUGGUACACUCAAAGUGGAGUCAGAGUCUGGUCAUGGUGACGGACUGCAUGGAGCACGCCCUGACCGCCUGCCACCCCCGUACCCGAUACUCUGCUGGCUGGGACGCCAAGUUCAUCUACAUCCCUAUGAGCUACUUGCCAACCUUUCUGGUGGACGCCAUGUUGGCCUGGUUCUCCCCAAAGCCUGUAAAAGAAGCCUGA